CCGGAAUGCGGUGGGGCAGGGCUAUUUAAGCCCAGGACUGGCUGGCAACCCCAGCAGCCUGCCCUGUGAGCCACGAGCAUGGACGACAUCUACAAGGCUGCGGUAGAACAGCUGACAGAAGAGCAGAAAAAUGAAUUCAAGGCAGCCUUUGACAUCUUCGUGCUGGGCGCCGAGGAUGGCUGCAUUAGCACCAAGGAGCUGGGCAAGGUGAUGAGGAUGCUGGGCCAGAACCCCACACCUGAGGAGCUGCAGGAGAUGAUUGACGAGGUGGAUGAGGACGGCAGCGGCACAGUGGACUUCGAUGAGUUCCUAGUCAUGAUGGUUCGGUGCAUGAAGGACGACAGCAAGGGAAAGUCUGAGGAGGAGCUGUCGGACCUCUUCCGCAUGUUUGACAAAAAUGCUGAUGGCUACAUAGACCUGGACGAGCUGAAGGUGAUGCUUCAGGCUACAGGCGAGACCAUCACGGAAGAUGACAUCGAGGAGCUCAUGAAGGAUGGUGACAAGAACAACGAUGGCCGCAUUGACUAUGACGAGUUCCUGGAGUUCAUGAAAGGGGUGGAGUAGACACCAGCCCUCGCCCGGAGCUGCCGGUGCCACCUUCCAACUCCAGCCGGGCCCUGGGGUGGGGGCAAGGGGCUGUGGUCCCCAGGAUGUGAGCUUGGGUGUGUUGUCGACCCUCCCAAGGAGGGGGUGGGCCCUCCCUGACUGCCUCCCCCAGCCCUGUCGUAGGGAAUGCGAUUAAAGCUCUGCUCCUUGGA